ACAUGACCUACGCGGAAGUGAAGUGACAGUCAAGCUUUUGAUGCGGAAGAGACGAGCCUUUGGGAUGUUUUCCGAUUAAAGUUGUUCGAUAACUAAAAACUUAUGAAUCUUGUAACGGAGAAGAAAAGUCAUUUGUAGCUAUAUCUGAACAAAGCAACUCAAGUUGGAGCCACACAACGACAACAAAUGGCGGGCGGUAAUUUACAGAAAGCUAUAGACCUGGCCAGCAAAGCAGCAGAGGAAGACAAAGCCAAGAACUAUGAAGAGGCCCUCAGAUGUUAUCAGCAUUCUGUGCAGUACUUCCUUCAUGUUGUCAAGUAUGAGGCACAGGGUGAUCGAGCGAAGCAGAGCAUCAGGGCCAAGUGCGCCGACUACCUGGGCAGAGCCGAACAGCUGAAGGAAUAUCUGAGGAAUAAGGAGAAGAGCCCACCUUCUAAGCCUGUCAAAGAAUCCCAGUCUGGUGAUAAAGGGAGUGAAAGUGAUGAAGGGGAAGACGGAGAGAAGAAGAAGUUCAAAAAUCAGCUUUCAGGCGCCAUUGUCAUGGAAAAGCCGAACAUUAAGUGGAAUGAUGUAGCUGGGCUCGAGGGAGCCAAAGAAGCCUUAAAAGAAGCUGUUAUCCUGCCCAUCAAAUUCCCACAUCUGUUCACUGGGAAGCGAACUCCUUGGCGGGGGAUCCUGCUGUUUGGCCCACCAGGAACAGGGAAAUCCUACCUGGCCAAGGCGGUAGCCACAGAGGCAAACAACUCCACCUUCUUCUCCAUCUCCUCCUCUGACCUGGUGUCCAAGUGGUUGGGGGAAAGUGAAAAGCUGGUGAAGAACCUGUUCGCUUUAGCCCGAGAACACAAACCAUCGAUCAUUUUCAUUGACGAGAUCGACUCUCUCUGCGGCUCCAGGAGUGAGAACGAGAGCGAAGCAGCUCGCAGGAUCAAGACAGAGUUUCUCGUCCAGAUGCAGGGUGUUGGUAAUGACAAUGAAGGAAUUCUGGUCCUGGGAGCAACAAAUAUACCAUGGACACUGGACUCGGCUAUCAGGAGAAGGUUUGAAAAGAGAAUCUACAUUCCUCUGCCAGAGGAGCACGCCCGCUCCUUCAUGUUUAAACUGCACCUGGGCUCCACCCCCAACAACCUGUCAGAGGCAGACUUCGCCACUCUGGGCCAGAAGACAGAGGGUUACUCUGGAGCAGACAUCAGCAUAAUCGUCAGGGACGCCCUCAUGCAGCCUGUCAGGAGGGUUCAGUCAGCCACUCACUUCAAACAGGUCCGGGGUUCAUCGUGGAACAACCCUGGCGUUGUGGUGGAAGACCUACUGACACCGUGCUCACCUGGAGAUCCCAACGCCGUGGAGAUGACGUGGAUGGAUGUCCCUGGCGAGAAACUUUUAGAGCCAGUUGUGUCCAUGGCAGACAUGCUGAGGUCUCUGAGCAACACUAAGCCCACAGUCAACGAGCAGGACCUGGACAAGCUGAAGAAAUUUACUGAAGACUUUGGUCAAGAGGGUUAAUAACACUCAGACUCUCAUAAAUAAGACUGCAACCAAUAAUUAUUUUCACUUUCAGUUAUGCUGUGGAUGGUGUUACAAAUCUGUUUGGUCAAUAAAUUGUAAGAACUGAUUGACAUGGUUAAUGAGAGGUUAUUGAAGCUCAAAGGUCUUCACUUUUAUCCACUAAAGCUUUCAUUUUCAUCUAUAUUUUUAUGGCUUUUUCACCCAAAAUAUUACUAUUCAUAUAUAUAUAUAUAUAUAUAUAUAUGUGUGUGUGUGUGUGUGUGUACUUUUUUAAUUGAAUGCACUGCUGUAACUGUUAGAGUGCAGUAGAUGUUAUGAUGUGAUUUGUACUGUGGGUUGAUCUUUGCACCUUUAGAACACUACACUCGCCGUCUGAUGUGAAGCUGAAGUGACUUUCUUGAUUUAAUUUAUGUAAAUGGGAAAUUUUAACAUUUGUGAAUGCUUUAUAUUUUAUAAACAUGUUAUCAGCUGUUGCCUUAUUUCUUUCACUACAAAGCUUUAAUACCUGCAAACAGGGGCUUUUGGGUUUUUAUAUUACUGAAAUUCAAUUAAUUAAACUAUAAUAAUGAUGCUUUAAAAGCAUUUCUAAAUGCAGAUACAUCUACUCCUGAAAUAUUUUGUUUUUGCACGUUUUAUUCCCAUAUUAUGUUGCUGUAACUGGGCUGUAUACCUAAAGGAGCUUAACUGUCAAAUAUUGGGAUUUCUAUGAUUUGUUGAUAUAUUUAAAGAUCAAGAAGCUCAGUUGGUGCCUUUGGAUGUAAAAUAUGUUUAAAUGUUUUGGAGUUUGCACACGUUCCAUCAAUAAAACUGGGAGUCAUUUGCA